AAAAAAAAACAAGAAAAGGAACCCCACAGCACAGAGACAGAGAAGUGCACGAAAUUCUCUCAGAGAAAUUGUGGAUUUGAUAAGGAAACUCUUUGUAGAUUUUAUCUACAAUUCUCUCUGUAUCGAAGAAGAGGAAUUCGAAGGAUAUCUUUUUGACUAUCUCUAAAGAUGUCUGGUUGGGAACAAACAAGAGACAAGUUAUCAGAUCCUGAGUGCACAGAGGAUGAGCCACGUCGUUCUAGAAUGGGGAACCUGAGAAAGAAAGCGAUUAGUUGUUCUAGUAAACUUACUCAUCCUCUGAAAAGAAAAGGGAAACGGAAAAUAGAUUACUCAGUUCCUUUCAUUGAAGAUGUUAGGGACGAGAAUGAAGAGAAGAUUGUUCUUAUACUGCGUCAAGAGCUUCUCAACAAAGAUCUUUUGCCUCCAAGACAUGAUGAUUAUCAUAUGUUGUUGAGGUUUCUGAAGACAAUGGAGUUCAACAUCGAAAAAACUGUAAUUGCAUGGGAACAAAUGCUCAAAUGGAGGAAAGAGUUUGGAGCAGAUCGUAUAAUACAGGAGUUCAGUUUCAAAGAGUUGGACAAAGUUGUGCGUCACUAUCCACAGGGGUAUCAUGGAGUAGAUAAAGAUGGUAGACCAAUCUACAUCGAGAGACUAGGAAAAGCUCAUCCCGGUAAGCUUAUGGAUGUUACAACCAUUGAGCGGUACUUAAAGUACCAUGUUCAAGAAUUCGAGAGGGCUCUUCAGGAAAAGCUUCCUGCAUGUUCCAUUGCAGCUAAGCGAAGAGUCACUACAACGACUACAAUACUUGAUGUUGAAGGCCUGGGUAUGAAGAACUUUAGUCCUACAGCUGCGAAUCUCCUGGCAUCUAUUGCUAAAGUAGAUUGCAACUAUUACCCUGAGACUUUGCACCGAAUGUUCAUUGUCAAUGCAGGGAUUGGAUUCAGGACUUUACUAUGGCCUGCUGCACAGAAGUUACUUGAUCCCAUGACUAUUGCAAAGAUACAAGUUUUGGAGCCAAAGUACUUGUCAAAGUUGCUUGAAGCAAUUGAUUCCAGUCAACUUCCAGAGUUCUUGGGAGGACUAUGCAAAUGUGCUAACGAAGGAGGGUGCUUAAGGUCUAACAAAGGACCAUGGAAUGAUCCUGAAAUAGUUAAGCUCGUACAUCACAUGGAAGUAAAUACCAUACCACAAUCUAAAAGAGCUCCUCUUCAUAUAAGAGAUCAUGAUUCUGCCACUCGCAUGAUCCCACCUAAAGAAACUUCAAAAGAAGAGCGAGAUUCUGAAGAGCAUUACCAUUCCAGUGGGUCAAGAUGUUCAAUGUAUACUUGUUUAGUUCCUCCACACUCUGAUGAGGCCAGUACAUCAGACGGUGAUAAAUUCAUUACCACUGUGGAAUCUGUAGAACCAGCUCAAGGAGACUUGUCUCAACCCCAGUCACCAGACAUGAACACUGAAUACUCUUCCUCUGUAAAUACACCUAGAAGAGAAGGUGGUCAGGUUUCACGGUUUAGUGCUCUUAGAGAUAAGAUCAAAGGAGAGAACAUCAUUCACUUGGUGAAAAUACUAGUAGCCAUUCCACUGAUGAAGCUGUUUGCACUCUUUGCUUUCUUAUUGCAUGGAUACUGGCAAAGACAAAACUCUGUGAUCCAUGUCCUCCCAGAUUCAUCUGUAAACAACCAGAUGAUUCUUCAUUGUUUGGAACGUCUCAAGAAGCUGGAGAAAGACUUCACAGAGACUAGUAGAAUCCCUCUAAAAAUCCCAGAAGCAAACGAGAAGCUAUUAACGGAGUCUCUUGAGAGGAUCAAGUCUCUAGAACUCGAUCUCGACAAAACAAAAUCAGUAUUACAUAUAACGUUAACAAAACAGCUUCAGAUCACAGAAGAGCUUGAAUCUCGUUACCAAGAAGAUCAAAGAAAGCGAUGCUGCUUUUGAAGCUUUGGGGUCGUAACGUUACAGAGAGAUAUUAUUACUGUUUUUUACAGAAAUGAAGGAGGCAAAAAUAUUAUAAACACACAAAUUUGAGAAUAUUUAUUUCUAUUCCUUGUAAAAAGAUCAUUCAAAUUUCCGUGUGUAGAUGAACGUUUAAGUUUGUAUCUGAAAGAGUCAUUAAACAAAGAAAGAGAGAACGCAUGUUUUGAACAUUCUUCACUCGGGAAAUAAUAUUUGGC